CAAAUGAUCAAUCACCCGUUGACGAACAAUUAACUCAUUCUGAAUUACUUAGUCAGGUUAUGACAUUACUCAUAUCUGGACAUGAGUCCACCAGUGUUACAAUAUCUUGGGCACUAUACUUUCUAGCAGCAAAUCCUGAUAUUCAAGAUCGUGUUCGCAAAGAAAUACUUGCUAUACUUCCUGAUC